ACAAUAGAGUUCAGUAUCGCGUGAGGGGUUUGUUUCGUUUUGUGUGCGGAGUUGGUUACUAGUGUUAGUAGUAGCAGAGAUAUUAUCCUAGGAUAACUGUCCUGAGCUACAAUUUUAAUAUGGCAUGUUUAUUACAAGGAAGGAUAGCUCUUAUAACUGGAGGAGGAAGUGGAAUAGGGAGAGCUGUUUGCUUAUCAUUUGCGAAAGAAGGCGCGAUCGUCAUUUCCACUGAUAUAAACGAAGACGCGAGUAAAGAAACAGUGCAAAAUCUUCCAGAUGCUGGGAAACAUUUUGCUGAGGCAGUUGAUGUUUCAGACUCUGAAUCCGUCACUAAUUUGAUGGCAAAAAUAAAAAGGAAUUCCCUGUUUCCUAAUACUCUGGUAAAUUGUGCUGGAAUUACCAGAGAUACCCUAAUGCUUGAUAUGACGGAGGCCAUGUUUGAUGACGUUAUUAAAGUUAAUUUAAAAGGAACUUAUCUCAUGACGCAAGCAUUGAGCAAACUCAUGAUAGAAACGAAAGUUGAUGAUGGAUCAAUAGUAAAUAUUUCUAGUAUUUCUGGAAAAAUAGGGAAUUUUGGCCAAUGUAAUUAUGCCGCAUCUAAAGCAGGGGUGGAGGGAUUUACGAAAACAGUUGCUCGCGAACUUGCAAAAUAUAAUAUACGAUGCAACGCAGUAAUGCCAGGAUUUAUUGAUACACCCAUGGUAAAAAGUGUUCCUGAUAAAGUAAUGGAUCGAAUCAAAAAAGAAAUUCCAUUGAAACGUUUAGGCACACCUGAAGAAAUAGCAGAUGUUUGUGUAUUUCUAGCAUCCAGAAGAAGUUCCUAUAUUACAGGUGGGAUUAUUCAAGUAUCUGGCGGCCUUUACAUGUAAUUAUUUGUUUAAACCAGGGAUUCUCAGUUCUUUUCUUACAUCAACUCCCUUCCAUUUCUCGCUAUAAUAUGCAACAUUCGGAAUAAUAGUAAUACAGAUAAUUCCAUAUAAAUAAACUGAAGAUAGCAAUUGGACUAAAACUAUAAAAGUUAUGAAAAAUGGAUUAUUAUAUUUAUUAUUAAUUUUACAAUAGAAACAAAAUCACAGAUUCCAAUUGCACAAAAAUUCGAUCUUAAUCAAUUUACUGAUGUAAUUAUUUAAAUAUUUUUUUAAUAAAUUUCUUAAUCUGUUCUUUCUUAAUUCUAAAAUAAUUUCAAAAAUAUUCAUCCUGUUUCUUGUUUUCCAUAAUAAAUUAUUGACUUAAGUGUGCUUCAAAAGGUAAGAAAAGUGAAAAAUCUAUAGUUCAUUAAUAAUUUUUAUUUUGGGGUAAUUCUUUGGAAUGACUUAAAUUUCAAAACUUAGCAUAACUAUGCAUUUUGAAAUAAACUUGCUAUAUAACUUUCUAUCAACAAAAAAUUAAUUAUCAAUUUUAUUAAUAUGUUCUAUUCAAUGGGAGUUUGACUAUGAUGAUAAGUUGCAAAUGCAAGUUUGGCUGUUGGCCCCUUGAUCAUCAUAGACUUAACUUUUCACACACCCUCAGGGGAUUAAUACUGAUCUCAUUAGGAAUGCUUGGUUUAGACCAGGGGUUCUUAACCGGUGGUACACAAAGAAGUAAGGUAUUUUUAUCUUAAAUUCAAAAAUUAAAACCCCAACAUCCUGAUUGAGUUUUUUUCUCUAACACCCGUAAAUUUAUGCGAUUUGAGCUUUGUUUAAGAACGGUGGUGGUAGUACUUUGUAGUGGUGGUACUAAAGGUUUUCAAUUUUUGUUAAGAUGGUACAUGUUAGUCAAAAGGUUGAGAAAUGCUGGUUUAGACAAUUCAGAAAUGCACAUGGGAUAUAUUUUUUAUUUUUUUGAAGUUGUGACUUUUUUAAUUAUAAAUUCAUUAUGCUUUAUUUCACUAAUUGAAUCUGAAUCAAAUUUGUAGAAUUUAAAUAAAUAUUUUUAAUUAA